GUUGGCAGCCAGUCUUUAUCCAUCUGUUUCAUCCCUGGACGCGCACUGUGGAGCUCGGAAACGGAACGGAGCCGGCAUGAAACGUCCUUUCAGCCCAUCGUCUUUUCCAUUUCCCGAUCUGGAAAGCAACAGUGUUGGCAGGAAACAACUUAUUCAGAUGGAUAGUGAAUCUUGCUUUGAGAUCCAGAAUGAAGGUGAAAAACUACAUGACACAUCACAGGGGGGCACUCGGCACUCUCCACCCUACAGACCCAAAAGAGAGCGGAAGCAGCGGACCUACACACUGUGUGAGGUCUGCAACAUUCAGCUGAACUCAGCUGCCCAGGCCCAGAUUCACUACAACGGCAAAUCACACCAAAAGAGGCUGAAGCAAAUCAGCAGUGGCAAAAUGCCAGGAAACACAGUGUCAAACAGAAAGGCUGGAAAGAAAUCUGAACUUUACCUCCAGAAGUCAGAACAGAGUGGUGACAGUGAGAGAGGAGCUCAGCACACAGGUACAUCUGCCCAGGGCAACCCCCUCCUGGCCUCUCUCCCAGUGCCGGGGCGGCCUCUGCAGCCUCAGCUCGACCUUAAACACCUCCUACCCUUCAGACUCAAUGGAUCCUCACCCCUUAGCCUCUUUCCUAACUUUAAUACGAUGGACCCUGUCCAGAAGGCAGUGAUUAACCACACGUUUGGGGUCCCUCAGCCCCUCAAGAAGAAACAGAUCAUCUCCUGCAACAUCUGCCACCUGCGCUUCAACUCAACGAACCAAGCAGAGGCCCACUAUAAAGGCCACAAACACGCCCGGAAACUCAAAGCCAUGGAGGCCCAGAAGAACAGGCAGCGACGAGGUGGAGAGACCUCAACAACAGGGAAGGAGCGGGAGCGGGAACGGGAGCGGGACCGAGAACGAGACCGAAACAAGAUGACCCCUUCUGAUGCAGCUCUUCCAGCACCUAUAGAUACAAGCUUAGUAAAAGAAACAAGUCUUCAGUUUGAUCUGGAACCAAGUAUCCUGGAGGGAAAACUGGAAGAGAGUCCCAGGAGCUCGGUCAUGCUGACACCGGUGUCUGAGGUUUCCUCUGUGGAGCUGGUCACGCUUUCCCCUCCUCAGAUUUCGCCUUCCUCUCAGCUCUCUGAGACGGCGUCAGACACCAGCACUCCGGAGGGUGCAGAGGCCGCCGAGGCUACAGAGCCCACAGAGGCCACUGAGGCUAUGUGUCUGACCGGCGAGUCAAGUAAUGUUGCAGACCCUUCUAUCACACCAGGGGAGCCUUGCAUGGAUGACAACAAAGACCCCAAGAAGAGCAAAGCUCACCUCCACUGUCCUGUCUGUAAAGUCACAGUCAACUCCACCUCCCAACUUGAAGCACAUAACAGCGGUACUAAGCACAAAUUGAUGCUGGAAGGUCACAGUGUUCUGCCGCGCCGUAGGGGGAAAGUAGUGGCAGCUCGAGCUGGCUGCAAGAGUAAGCGACUGGGGAGCAAAGGCAGCGUCGGGGUGCCUAGCAAGAACUUCCAAUGUGAAGUGUGUGAAAUAUUUGUGAACUCUGAAACCCAACUUAGCCAGCACAUGAACAGCAGAAGGCACAAGGAUCGGCUGGCCGGAAAACCGCCCAAACCCAAAUUUACCCCCCACAGCAAGAGCCAGCCGAGCUCCAGCUUCACGAACAUGAGAUGGAGUGGCUAUGCAGGUGUGGCUGUGUCUGCCAUGAAGAAAGCAUUCACCCAGUGCAACCUCACCUCUCUCUCCUCGCAGACCAAACUGGCCUUGCAGAAGCAGCUGACCAAGAGUUUGACUACUGGCUUCCUGCCCAGCCCCCUCACCCCACCAACUCUGUGCACAGUGGCUACUAACCCGCUGGCUCUGCGCCACCCGGUGGGCACCACCACCUUCAUCCAGACCCCAUUCCUGGGCCCUGCACUGUUCCGGCCUGCUCCGGGGCCGCUGCGGGCCACGCACACACCCAUCAUCUUCUCCCCUUAUUAAGGACUUAACCGAUAUCCCAGUUAAGCUCUGGCCCUGUCCCUUUACCAAAUCCAAGGCCCUCGUUUUAGUGUGACCACGCAACAAAGGUCACAUCCAAACUAUGCAGCCCACUUGACUUAAAAUGGGAAGAGUGCACAAAUUCCAAUUUACCACCAGGCCUGAUGGCCUGAGAGCGCUUCUCAUCACAAAGGCCAAGAUCCCCUUUCAUGCCUUCUUUCUGCUCCUUUGAUGGCGACCUCAAGAGCAGCACAGGCCUCCAGACAGUGACUGGCACAAGGAGGCCGCAUUUAUAGCCAUUUCAUGGGUCAACAUGGUUUAAAUUAUAAAUAUUAUUGUGUAAUUUAUUAGAAAACAUAUAUAGAAAAAAAUCUAGAUGUAUGUUUAGUGUGGUUGCCACAAAAUAAGGUCCCUUUACUUGAUGCUCUUAUAAAACCUUUUUUAUCUUCUAUGUUUGGAGGCUUGAUGAAAAGUUGUUGUUGUAGGUCCGUAAAGCAGCUGAAGCAAAGCCAUACAUGUAUGGCUGCAGAGGCCAGCCUUACUCAUCAGUGUUUUCAGCUGACAAGCUUAAGCAAUGCUGUUGCAUGGUAUUGUGAAUAUGGUUAAAAAAAAACAUAAAACGUCUUAGUUUAAGGGUAGAGUUCUGAAUUUUUAUUGUGAGAUUUUGUUAAAAGGUUACAAGGUGUUGGUGUCUUACCUACAGUACAUGGCACGUCUAAGCUGCCAUCACAGAUUCUGCCUGGCCAUGUAUGCUGGCAUAUUUAAAAAGGCAUUUACAUGAGUGUUAACAUAAUAAUUAAGGCAAUUUUAUGGCACAUUGAGUCCUAUAAUGCUUUUGAAGUACAUGUUUAGCUUUUGAUGCCAUCUCAGUUUGAAUAGUGCAUGUGUCUUGGGAUCAGUGAUGUGUAGUUUUGGGUUCUGCUACAUCAGAAUGAUGUAUUUUUCUUUUUUUAUACCAAAGAUUUGUAUGAUCUGGGAAUGAAUCUUCACUGCCCUACUCAUACUAAGUGGUAAGAUAGUUAUCUGCCAAAUUAAUCAAAGAGAAAAUUAUUCAUUCAGGUUCAGUCCUAAUACAAAGCUUGUUUCACAUAUAUAAUUGGGUAAUUCUUGUAAUAUUUUAGUCACAGUUGUGCAAAAUGCUGUAACAGUGGCACAUUACUACAUGAGUGAGAAGGGGUUUAUAUUCCAACAUGUCCUACAAAUCUGUGGCAGUCUGGUGUAGCAGACUGCUAUGGAAAUGCAAGGUAGAUAUGUAAUAUUGCGGCUGGAGUAUUAGUAGAACCUUUGUUUAUAGAUCCAGAUUAGUCGGUCCCAAGCUAAAGUUAGCAUAUAGCCUAAAUGGAGCCAAUGUGGGCCUCUGCUUUCUUAAAAGAACUGCAACUUCAGAAAUGUCACAAUAAUUUACACAAAUAAUUUUUUAUCAACCCUAAUCUGAUAUCAUGUUAACAUUGGUUAGUUAUUGACACACAUGUUGAGCAUGAAAAGCACUUCUUCUCAGACUAACCAAAUUAAUUAAAACCAAAGCAGUGUAAAAAUCAGAAACUUUUCAGAGGUCAGUAUGAAUGGUAAUUUAUAUAUUUUUUAGACCUUCUCACAUUUCUAUCGAUCUGUUGCGCUGACCAGAAACGUUAAACUCUAAGUUCAUGUCUCGCAUGGGAUGAUCCAGGGUCAGCCUCGAUUUCCCUUGUAAAUAUUAAUUGGCUUUUGUGCAUACAACUGCCUGAUGUGAACAAGACGAUGGUUUCAAGGUGUGUUUUUUGAGAUAGGAGUUGUUUCCAGGACUGAGGCACAGUUGCUUGCAAUGCUGCCUUGCCUUGGUUGUUUGUCUUGUUGGACUGUGAAGCGUGAUGUGAAACACCUGCGCUCCCAUGACCCUGCUAGAUAAGUAGACAUAGACGGGAUGAACAGACAGACAGACAGACAGAUGGACUGGUGGAGGUGUUUUAUGAAGGUAUGAAACCUGCUAACUUUAAUCUCUGAAACCAACUAAUCUGGAUUUAAGAUGAACAAGAAAGUCAAUAAAUAUAUUACUGAAGGUAAGAAAUUAUUCGCCUUUUAAUCUUUUAGCAGAAGCUCGCUUCAAAAAUUCAAAGUAAUCACUUUAAAGGCUCUCAAGGACAAAAGCGACACGUCACUGUAGGUCUAUAAUUAUGUAUUGUUUGUGUUAAAAUGCAAAAAAAACUGCAUUACUGAUGUCUGUUUCUUUCUUUUCAAGUAAGAGUAACAGCCCCUGCGUCCAAGUUAUUUUUUUUAAAAUACCAGGAUUAAACAGUCAGUAAGAUCCAAAAAAGGUCAGCUUGUCAAUGAAAGUAUCUUUCAGUUAGCAAAUCUGCUCUUUGGAAUCUGAAUUCUUUCUUCAGAGUAUUACUCAUGCAUGCAACCUGGGAUUAUGCUUUUCCUAAGGUAGCGGCAUGAAAAUAUUUUUUCGCAGCUAUACACGUCUUAUCCUGCCAAAUUCCCCUUUGUUUCGCUCCCAUCCUCACUUCUUUUAACCCCAUUUUCCUUUCACCUCACUGCCAUCACCUUGACGUUGUCCCUGAUUUUCUUCUGCUGUGAUCUCAGUUUAAGCCGAUGAGGAGCAAGGAAAUGACGCACACAAUCAAAGCACAUAAUGAGAACACAAUGGAUAACUUGAUGACUUGAUAGGAUUUCAGUGUUUGAUGAAAAAUUUGACAGCGGGUGGGAAGGCUGCUCAGCCACAUUCUGAUUGACGUCCCGGUGCUGUGUCUGAGCGCAGCGUAUGGAAAGGAGGGGAUACAAAGCACAGUGCCAUGGCAACCACAUUAAAAAGCACCUUAAAAUGGAUUUACUUACAAAAGCAAUGAUUUUUAUGUUGAUGUUCUCUUGUUUUAUUAUCAUUUGUAGGUGUAUGUUUUAUCAAAUUCUGUUUUGAAAAAAAGAAACAAUCAAAUGAGAAUGAUCCUGUUAUAGUUUAUCUGUAAUGAUGACAAGCCUCACAUUUAAAGCAAUACAUUCAGUAUGUUUAUGUUCAUGUCUGGUGUGUCAAUGACUUUAUCUCUUCUCUGCUGUAAACUCCUCAUACAGUGUAUUGUGUACCCCACCAUAGCCAAGGCCAAUUCUGGUUUGUCAGUGAAAAGUCAAAUGAAAUAAAAAAAAAAGUUGUGCAGCUGCUGCCCUUGAUGCUUGAUGCUCAUGGCCAGUCUCGACAUGAGAAAGGGGCGGAGGGUAGGGAGGGAGGCUGCCUUAAGCGCCAUAUGACACUGCCGCUUCACUUUUCAGCGGAGCAGUAGGACCUCUGUAUGACUUCCACUGAGAGAAAAGAAAAAAGAAAAAAACAUUGUUACGUCAGCGACGAGUGAUGUGGAAGUGACACAUAUGCAGCAUCGACUUGUCAUUGUGCUGUUUGUGCUCGUGCGCCGACUCCCACGCAGGAUAUCUGCUGACAUUCUCCCCUUUCCUUAUGCCGAAAACAAACUCUUGGCAAGGUCUCAACACAGGACUUGGAGCGCAUGUGUCAUCCUCUCUUCAGCAGUCGUACUGAAUCAUGUUCUCUUCAAUUACAGGAACCUAUGCAUUUGUGCAAAGUGUGUACAUGUGUUUGACGCAUCAGUGCCACCUCUCGUAAAUAACCUGUAACUGCCAUUCAGUGCUUGUGCUUUAACAAAAACCCUCUUCAUCCGAUGUGCAUUUGUGUUCUAAUGACUCCCAAGCCGUUCUAGGUUAGCAAAGCCGCCAGGUCUCCUCGCCAUAAUGAUGUGAUGGUUCUCCCCAGUCCCACUUCUCAGUGAACCAGCCAGCCUUUAAUCUUCACUGUUUCUUUCUUUCUAUUGCUCAGUGGGAACUCUGACCCGGGUGACCAUUUUUCUUAAAUUAAAUAACCAAGAAAAGUCAGAUUAUAUGUAGAAAUAGAGCAAUUAUAGAGAUUCUACCAGAGUCAUUAUUGUUAUCUGUAUUAUAAAUAUUAUAGAAGAGAGUUUAGAUGACGUUAUUGUUGAAUACCUGUUUGAAAACAGGGUGGGGGGACUUUAUUAUUUUUCUUCUUUAUUUACAUGGUUUUAUCAACAUGUUUUUUAACGUACAACAGAAAAUAUUUAAAGCGAAAAGAUUUGAGUGAGCUUUUUUUUUCCACCAUGCUGGCAGUUACUGAAAUAAUAUUGUAACUUAAGGCCUUUUACAGACAAUAUCAUGACGUUGCAUUAACUAGGCCUUCUCAGGGGUGACAGGUUGAGCAAAUGUUAACAUGACCAUCCAUUCAGGGUAUCCCUCCAUAGCUCCAGAGGGCAGGAAACACUGUACACAUGGAUGGGAUGAUGAGAAAUAAAAUGAGCAAAUACAUUUCUGUACAUUAUAAGUAAAGUGGGUUGGAUUUGGGGAAAUAAAGCUUUUUCAAACUUGUGAAAA